UCGGCAAUAUUUUUUGUUAUAAAUAACUUUACUAAUUAAUUAAUCAAAAUGAGCACCAGUGGCUUUCAUUUCGAAAUCAAGCUAAAACGAGAAAAUAAGGUUUAUUAUGAAAAUGAAAUGCUAGUGGGUUGCGUACAGUUCCAGUGUCCAGCAGAGACAAAACAUGAAGGUAUACAGCUAACACUAGAUGCCAUUGUAAAUCUACAGCUGAGUACCAAGACAGUCGGCUUAUUUGAUGCCUUAUACAAUUCUGUAAAGCCCAUUACAUUGCUGCAGAACAGCCUGGAGCUGUCGGCGCCCGGAAAACUAUCUGCUGGCAACUCAGAGUUCCACUUUGAGUUGCCCCUGGUCUGUAAAAAGGAGCCACGCAGACUUUAUGAAACCUAUCACGGCAUAUUUAUUAGCAUCAACUAUCAGUUGAAGUGCGAUGUAAAGCGUAAUUUCCUGGGAAAAUCCUUGCAGAAAGUGCAGCAGUUUUGCGUGCAAUACAAGCCCAAUCCGUUUGAUGAUGAAUCGCCCAAGUUUAUGCCCUUCAGCCUGAGCAUGAGCAAUGUAAAGGAUCGCGUGACCAUGCCAAGAUUUCUUAUUACGGGCCGCUUGGAUCGUAGCGAAUACUGUGUAACGAUGCCAAUUACGGGGAAUCUGACUAUACAACAUACGGAUACGCCUAUCAAGUCCAUAGAGCUGCAACUAGUGCGCGUGGAAACAUGCGGCUGCGAUGAGGGAUACUCCAAAGAUGCCACUGAAGUGCAGACCAUACAAAUAGCCGAUGGCAAUGUAAUGCCCAAGCUGGAGAUACCUAUUUACAUGGUGUUGCCACGACUAUUUACUUGUCCCACGCUGUUGACAAAGAAUUUUAAAAUCGAAUUUGAGCUGAAUCUGGUGGUGGUCUUCAAAGAGGACACUGUAAGCGAGAACUUUAAAAUAGUCUUAAGACGUGCCGUUGGUCCCUUGCCGAGUAAGCUGACAACUGCAGGUCGCUGAAUCAACAAAAUUAGCUUUAUACACAAAAUGAAUCUUUAAUGUACUUCACAUUGCCAAUGUAUAGUCUGUAAGCAUAAAAUAAAACGUUACAAACAAAAAAUUCAAGUUGCUGGCGUUGCCAGCUGACUUUGAAAAGAAUAAAAUAUACUGAA